AUGGUAAUGAUGAUCGCGGGUUCGAAUGACGGGGAGAAAAGACGUAUGAGACCAUAUGUGAUUGUUGGUUGUGAGCAUGGGGGCCUUUAUGCUUGCAGGAAGGUGCCCGGUGAAGAUGGUCAAAGACCGGGAAAAAGGAGCACCAGUUCUAAGAAAUGCAAUUGUCCGUUUAAAUUGAAAGGGACAAAAGAAGGCAAGGAAGAUGAAAUUGUUGAGUGGGAAUUGACUAUUCACAGUGGUAUUCACAACCACAACUUGUUUGGAAACUUGCAAGUACACUCUUAUGCCAGAAGAUUAUCAAAGAAAGAGACAUCACUUGUUCAAACUUUGAGGAAAGCAAUGAUAAAUUUCAACGAAUUAUCUGGGAUAUCACAAUUGAAACUAUUGUUCGCCAAGUUAAAAGAAGAUGAAUGUCUCUCGUACCAUAAAUCGAACGAGCUUAAUGAGAUUACCGACUUGAUGUGGAUCCACCCGAAAUGCAUUAAGUUGGCACAGUCGUAUCCGUACAUAUUCGUCAUGGAGUGCACGUACAAAACCAAUCGUUAUGGACUCCCGUUUCUUGAGAUUAUGGGUUUUACGUGUACCAACUUGGCGUUCUCCAUUGUUUUGCAUACUUGGGUCACGAAAAGACGGAAAAUUUCGAAUGGGCGUCGCGUUGUUUGGUGGAGGCCAUGA